AUGGGCUCAGCCGACACAACUGAUAUGUCAUACGAUGCAGAGAAGAAUGAGACAACACCUCUGCAGCCAGGAGUUGCCGAGACAGCCUACUCGGGAAAAGCUGACGAUCAACUUGACGAAGUUGACACUGACAGACUCCUUCCACCGAAGAAUCAGACCCCCAAGGGUGGAUAUGUUCACUUGGAUGUGACCAGAAUAGUAUGUGUCUUGUUAGUUGCCAUCGAUCAUGGCGAUGGCACCUACUCAGAGUGGAAUGUAAUCUGGGACCAGCAGUGGACUCUGCAAUGGAUUGUGCUAGUUUGCGGCAUUGCCUUCUGCUUGUCCAGCAAGCCCCUUCUCAAUUUCUGCCUUCGCCUGGGCCUGUACGCGGCCAUUGGCAUUGUGGUAAACUGGGCUGCAUGGAUUGGCCUUGGCAUGGACUGGAAGCACGACUUCUUCAACGUGAUUUUCCAGAUGUGGUUUAUCAUUGGCUUGAUGCUGUAUUGCAUCAUCCUGAACCCUUUGCGAUCCUAUUUGGCGGAAGACAAGAAAGACCUGGAAGAACAUGCAAAGGAAAAGGGGCCCUAUACCUCCUCGUGGCUUGGGGCGCCGCCAGAGGAGGGCCUGUUCAAUAGCAUCCUUAUGAUGUUCUUUGUGGUCAUUGCCAUCGGCAUUGUGUGCGCGGUUUUCUUGCCAAUGAUCGUCAACCCUUUUCUGGCACCUGCGGUCCUCCACGCUUCGCAGACGCUGGGCGGCGCCGGAAAUGUUUGGGGUCUCCCUAGCACAUAUCAGGAGGCAGAGGACUUCGUAGCUUGCCUCUGCCGCUACGCUUUCCUCACAUUCUCAAACCUGUUCCUGAUGAGGGCGAUUCGUUCAACCAACAUCAAGCCCAGUUUCAUCCCAUGGGUGAUGAUGGCGAACUCCGCCGUAAAUCGAUCCGGCUUCUAUAGAGGCCCGGAAGAGAGGCCAUUCCAUUUGCUGGACCUGAUGAUCUUGAGCAUGGUCUCGUUCGCUUAUGGAGUCAGAUAUCGGAAACUCGUGGGUGACUACAUUUGCCGGUAUUGGUUUCUCGUGCUUAUUGCCUUUGGGCUAACGUGGCCGCCAUCUCUAGAUGUACGACUCGACGUGCAUCCCACUCAUAAUCUCGUCUUGAGAUCCAAAGCCGAAAUCAUGGAGACGGUUUGCAUCCUUGCUUGGCUGUGUGCCUCCGACCGCUUCUUCCCCAGAGAGAUCUUCACAGAGGACAGACUUGGAUUUCUCAACGACUGGGCCUUGCUGCUCUUCCUUGUCCACAAGGCUGUGCACAUGAUCUUUGGAUUGCCGCUUUCCUGGUUCGUACUGAUUGGACUGAUGCCAGUCGCCUGGGUUUUCAGGCGCCGCGAGACUCAGUGA